AUGGCUCCAACAUACAAGAUUGCUGUGAUACAGCUGCAUCCUAAGCCGCUAGCAGUGGAAGACAACCAUAGCAAAGCCGUAGAGUUCAUUAGAGAGGCUGCUUCCCAAUCCUGCGAUUUGGCGGUGCUCCCAGAGUACCAUCUCACUAGUUUCCCCCUCUGCUCCCAAUACCAAAAAUACCUCAACGCGUACUGUUCCCUCGCCGCCGAGCUAAACAUCAACAUCGUCCCCGGCACAAUUGUCGAGACCCACGACACCCUCCUAACAAACGUAGCCUACUUCAUCUCCAACACCGGCGCCAUCCUCGGCCAAUACCAAAAGAAAAACCUCUGGCACCCCGAACGCCCGCACCUGACAUCCUCAGCGCACGAGCCGCACGUCGCCUUCGACACCCCGCUGGGCAAAGUCGGAAUGCUGAUUUGCUGGGACCUGGCCUUCCCCGAAGCAUUCCGCGAGCUGAUUGCCGGUGGCGCCAAGAUGAUCAUCAUCCCCACGUUCUGGAGUCUCGCUGAUUGCACGGAGAAGGGACUGGCGUAUAAUGCGCAGUCUGAAGCCCUGUUUUUGGAGAGUACAUUGGUCGCGCGCUGUUUCGAGAAUACUUGUAUGGUGGUUUUCGCUAAUGCGGGGGGAAAGAAGGGGGGAAAGAAGGGUAGUUGGGCGGGCUUGAGUCAGGUGGCGGUGCCGUUUAAGGGGGCGCUGGGGAAGAUGGGGGAUGAGGAGGGCAUGAGUGUUGUGGAGGUUGAUAUGCAGAUUUUGGGAGGAUGCGGAGGCGGGGUAUAA